AUGAGUUCUUGGGCCCCUCUCCCCGCGCCUGCAGGGCCUCUGCCGGAAGUACCGACGACUCCACGUUCUUUCCAUAGCGCCAACUCGUGAGUCCAUCCGUACGGUCCUCCCAGCGUCAUUUCCUGUGGUCCUGGCUUCUUAAAGACCCUUCUCGAGUGACCGAAGCGGUUUUUUGACGUCAAUCUCCGAAAUUCGCAGAUACGAUGCGCCAUCAUCUUCGGCCCCGGCAGCAGGCAAUCGAGGCCCCGGCAAGCCAUUGGGGCUAGACCCGUCGAUGCCGCCCUUGACCUUAAGGAUUCGAUCAAGUAGCCGCGAUGCGCUACAGAAUGAUCCUGCAAGUCCGAAAGCGAACGAUGUCAUGGAUCCGUCCUUACGGGUGAAUAGUUCGUCACGUGCGGCGGCACCGUCAUCUGGGCCAGCACUCAUAGUGGGAGCAAGCGCGUUGAACGCUAGUGAGUCCCCUCGAGUUCUUUAGGCGUGCUCGUAGUGAGACUUGGCAAGGAGCCCCCUUCGGUCUUUUCGGUCCGAAAGGUGGCUGGCUAUCAAGAUGCACUCGGACUUUUUAUGAGACUAGCAAUCCAACCAGUCGGGUUUCAUGAUUUUUCAUGUCUUGGGUAGAAGGCAGAGCUAUUGAGCUGACCAAUUUGGACCCCUUGCGGCCACGUUUGCUCGGACAGAAUUGACUGAAGGCGACUCGAGCGGCGACGAGGAUCAUGCUCCGCAUGACGGGGCCCACUGUACCCGCACGGUCACCAACUUGAAUUCACCCUCUACCGCCCCUACCUCCUUCGAUUCAUUCGACAAGGAGAGCGUACUUGCCACGUUGGCGGAGAGGACCUUCCGGGACGAAUAUUCGCCCGUCGCCAACGUUCAGCCAGGCUUGGCGCCGACCGUCGGCAUCGGCGCACCGGCCUACGCCCAUUCGAUCGUCUCGGUCUCGAGCUCGACACGCUUCUCGCAUCUUCCCGACCGACCUCUGAACCCAUCGGAUCCGUGGAAAGGUAGAUCUUCGCAUCCGUUCCCCCCCGCGGCGCUGUCGCCUUUGCAGGCUUCGUUGGCGUUUUCGCUCGCGCGCCUCCUGUCUCGCAAUACGUUCGAUGCCUUCCUUGCAACACCUGCGGGCUUUGCCCAGUUCCACAACUACCUCUCCCGGACCGGAGGAGCCACUGCUGCCGUUUAUGCUCUCGAAUUAUGGAAGGAUCUUGAUACGUUGAAAUCGACAACGAGUCGAAGCGCGAUGGCCGCCAAGGCCAUUCAAGAGGUGCACUUUGCGCCGGAGAACGCCACACUCGCUCCGUUCGCUCCGAGUUUCGCAAGGGACACGGGAGAACAGUUGACGGCGCUGUCGGUCGUCGGGUUAGGGUUGGAGAAGCCGAGUCGCCAUUUGCUUAACACGUUGUACGCGAAUGAGUUCCAUGUAGGUUCGAGGCCAGAAUUGUACGCAUAACCAGCUUCCAAAAGCUGAGCCUCUGUCAUUUUCGACACGAACAGGGUUUCAUCCGACACCGCCUCUUGCAACACACUCGAGCUCAACUCUCAAAAUACGAGCUCACGAACGACGAACGCAGCGGUCUCGGAGACGUCUUUUGCCUCACAAACCCCCGGCUACCAGACGCCCCUAUCGUCCUCGCAUCCCCGGCUUUCUGCGCCUUGACGGGCUACGCCGCGCAUCAAAUCAUCGGUCGCAACUGUCGUUUCUUACAAGGUCAAGCGACGGCACCGGAGAGCGUUCAGGCGAUCCGUACCGCCAUCGACAACGAGGAACCUAUUACGCAACUCUUGCUCAACUACACCGCUUCGGGGGCCCCGUUCUGGAACCUGUUGUGCAUCUUACCCCUUCGGGAUGCGGCGGGGGAAUUGAUGUACUUCAUCGGAGGGCAGACGAACUUGACGGGUGCGAUCGCCGCUGGCUCGGGGGAAGAUUUGUCGUUCGUCUUGUCGUCCGAUGAUACGGAAGGUGGACCUGUCAUUGACCCGGGGUCCUAUACCGACGCUGUCGAGUCCAAUAUCUUUCACGAACAAGGCGGGACCGAACCCUCCGCGCUGAGUCCGAAGGAGUCUAUGGCCCCCAAAUCGCCGAGCACGACCAUCCCGUCUUUCCUACCAUCGCCGAGGAGGAGGUACACGACCGUUGAGCCCGCUGCGCUAUCGACGAUGAUGUCGUGCGAGGACAUGAUGAGUGGCUUUGCGCAACCCGCCGUCACCAAACGCCCUAGCUUCCUCUCCUUGUUCAGUCGGUCGAAAGGAACCGAAGGAUCGGGUUCAUCGAAGAGCAAAAAAGAUCAGCGACAGGUCCCCGCACCGCUCAUCCUCGCUCCUGUUCAAUCUCGAACGUCAACCGUGAGCCCGCUUUCGAGGCCAAUCCCUCGGAAGCGUGCGGCGUCCGUCAAGGAUGUUCGAGUCAAACAACCAGGGAUCGAUGCUUCGAUGGAACAUGGGGCCGCACCGAUCGAGAAGAAGUUGUCGGAUUUCCAGAUGACGUACGAACGAGUCGUCGUUUUACGAGCUGAUAGUGAGUGCUCUCCUCCGCGGGUUUUUACAUUUUCUGCCCCGAAGGCAUUCCUGAUCGCCAAUUUUGCGCUCUCAAAACAGAUCGCAAGAUCCUCUUCGUCACCUCCGGCUUUCUCCGCUACCUCGGCCUACCCGGUGCCUCAUUCCAAGACGUCGACACUUCCAAACUAGUCCACCUCGACCUCCUCAACCUCGUCAAAGCGACAGUGCACGAGCCAGACCAAAAGAAGACACGCCAACGAAUCAAGACCACGAUCGAAGAAGGUGUUUCUGGCUCGUUGAGAUGCGCACUUUCGUUCAGGGGUCCGAAAGUCGAGGGUACGCUUCAUUUGAGUCCGUUGAAGAAUAUGCAGGGGGACGUGAUCUCUUUUGUUGGUGUGUUCGCUUGA